UGCUGAUUCGCAUAUUUUUAUGACAUAAUUUCAGUUUUGCUUGGUUUGUUAAGGUUUGAAUGGUCAAAAAUAUGGACCCCGUUAAAAUAGCAGCGGCGGGAGUAGAUGAAAACUACUUUUAUUCCCAGUUAGAAGAGUUUUAUAAAGAUAAAAAGGAUGCUCAGAAGAAACUAUAGACGUCCGAGAGACAUAAGGAGAACCAUAUGAAGAAUUUUAUGAAAAACUUAUGGAUGUCAUAUAUCUACUGGUCAUGGGGGUAGAGACAAAAUGAAAUCUGCUUUAAGACCAAAGUUCGCGAUUCCUC